AUGGGUCUGAAUUUUGAUAAAGGUGUACAGCUUUUGUUCCACGAGAGGCAGAUGAAUGGCGCCAGAGGUAUAGGACACCGCCUUACUAGAGUGAGCAUUAUUUUAUCGUUGAGCGGCUCCGCGGACGAAAUAAAAAAAAAGUGCCGAUAA